AUGAAGAAAUUCUUUGGAGCCCGCCAGGACGACAACGGCGGUGGCUCUGCCGGUGCGCAAGGCCCCGACAAUGCCGAGAGCUACGACGACCGCCCUCCACCCCCGGACGAGCACACGCGCCUGCUCCCGAACCGCCUCGACAGCGAUGUACCCCCCUAUUUGAGCCCAGACGACCCGGCUGUCUCGCCAUACAACUUGUGGACAGUGCGGCUCGCGAGAUACUUUACAAUUCUACUCACGGCCCUCACUUUUCUGUGGUGGAUCCUGAUCCUGGUAUCGCUCUUUGUGACACCACCCGGACUGCACUCCCGCGGGUCGGGCUUCUAUGCCUUUAGCUAUGCCAGCGUGGCCAUGACUACCUUGGUCGUGAGCCUGUUGUUCUUUGCGGCACCCUCCAGGUUGUCCAGGAUUCUCGCAGCCAUCAGCGCCGGUCUCUUACUGCUGAACAUGAUUAUUAUGCUCGCUGUGGAGAAGACAAGACACGAAGAAGCCUGGGUUGGUAUCGCUAGUGUAGUGUGGGCGCUUGUCAUGUCCAUCUGGACCAUCGUCGCAGACCGCAUUGUGCAAUGGGGCAAGACAGAGGAGGAGGAGAGACUUACGGGACGGCCAGAGUCUCGGCGGACUCUGCUCGAGUGGAGUGAAGUGGCCGUGUCGAGCAUUGCUCUGCUUAUUCUCUGUAUUGUCUCUGUUCUUCUCACAUGCACGCUUAUCAUACGAGCUUUGGACGCCGGACUGGCGCCGCCUGGGCAGCUGUACUGGGUCGACGCCGACAAGUACCAGAUCCACGUAUACUGCCAUGGUAACCGCAGCCACGAUGAGCCUACUGUGCUGUUUGAGGGUGGCGAGGAUGCGGUCGAGCGUGGGUUGUGGAAGUUUGCCGAAGAUGCAGUGAACAACGGCUCUAUCAGCAGAUACUGCUUUGCUGACCGACCGGGGAUGGCCUGGAGCGACACUGCUCCAUCUCCCUUUUCAGCAGGCCAAGCCACCGAAGCCCUGAGCGAGGCGCUGGCGCGCGCUGGCGAGGACGGUCCGUGGGUGCUGGCAAGUGCCGGUGUCGGCUCUCUCUACUCGCGGAUCUUCUCGUCCAGGCACGGUAAAGAAAUCAAGGGCAUCCUGAUGGUCGAUCCCCUCCACGAGGACCUGCUGCAUCGCAUUGGCAAGCCCGGACGUGGGUUUCUCCUUUGGUUGCGGGGUGUCCUCUCCCCUCUCGGCCUAGACCGGAUUCCGGGAGCCUUGCUGAGAGGCAGAACCAAGGAGGACCGCGUGUGGGGGAGAGCGGCGUACCAGAACGGCAAGACCAUAUUUGCAAAGCUGCAGGAGAGCCUCGUGGCUGAGUCGCUCACCAAGAGAGAUGUUGUCGCUAGCAGGGCCAUACAGUUGCCCGAUACGCCGGUGACAGUCAUUACUUCCGGCAUCGAGAUGCGGCGGGACAGCGAGUGGGAGAGUAAACAACGCGAUCUCACUCACUUGACCCAGAAUCUCGUGGAUUGGGACAUCGUUGCCAAGGCGCCGCACCAGGUCUGGAGGACGCUGGAGGGUCGGGAAAUGAUUGAGAGGCGACUCAAAAAACUGGUCCGUGGUUGA